CAAUCUCUCUGAGUUCCGGCGAAGACGGCGGCCGACGGGCGUGACCCGGCCGACGGCACCAAAGCACACCCACAUAACGAUUGGAGAGCCGUCUCGUCGUAGCAACCAGGGCUUCUUGUCCUGAUAAGAAGGGCGAACAUAUACGCGGACUUAACGCCACCAAGCACUUCGUCCCGUUCUUCCCUCCUUACGACCACCAUCCAUCUGGGAGGCACGUUUGAUUGCUAGUGUCACCCCCUCUCCCACUCAUCUAGCCAUCAUGUCGUCUUCUCCCAUCAAUGAGAAGCCAAGCGGCAGCGACUACACGCCCGAGGCCGAGAAGGCCAGCAUUGGCCUGGAUGACCACCUUCCAACGAUGCCCGAGAUCGAGCACGACCUCAAGGAGGGCAUCGCCAGGCACAAUCUACUUGCCGACCCCAACAUCGAUCCCGAACUCCGUGACCGCAUGGAGCGUGCCCUCGAGACCGGAGACGUGGCCGCAGAGAAGGAGAUUGAGGAGGAGCUCCUCAAUGACUCCAUCUACCCAGAAGUUCGUGCCGCUGUCGCCAACAUCGACGACCCCGACAUGCCCGUCAACACGUUCCGCGCGUGGUUCCUCGGACUCUUCUUCGUAAUUGUCCUAUCUGGUCUCAACCAGCUCCUGUACUUCCGAUACCCCUCCGUUCAGAUCAAUGGCCUCGUCGUUCAGCUCGUGUCCUUCCCCUUCGGCAAGGCUCUGGAGAAGAUUCUCCCUCGCACCGGUGUCAAGACUCGCUGGGGCACAAUGACCCUCAACCCUGGUCCCUUCAACGUCAAGGAGCACACGAUGAUCUCCAUUAUGGCCACCGUCGUCUGGCAGCGAGCCUACGCAACGGACAUCUUCCUUGUGCAGCGCAUCUACUACAACCAGACUUGGUCGUUUGGCUACCAGCUCCUCGUCACCCUCUCGACUCAAUUCAUUGGCUUCAGUUUUGCAGGGUUCGCCAGGCGCUUCCUCAUCUGGCCCGCCUCGAUGAUCUGGCCCACCGUCCUGCCUUACUGCACGCUGCUCUCUACGCUCCACAAGCAGAAGGCUACCGAGCCCGGAGUCAUGGGCCGUGGCAAGUUCUUUACCAUUGCGUUCGCCGCCGCAUUCUGCUGGUACUUCUUCCCCGGCUACAUCUUCACGGCGCUCAGCACGUUCAACUGGAUCUGCUGGAUCGUGCCCAACAAUGUUGUCGUCAACCAGCUCUUCGGCGUCACUCAGGGUCUGGGCAUGUCUGUCCUCACAUUCGACUGGUCGCAGAUCAACUACUUUGGCGCUUCGCCCCUCGUCACGCCCAUGUUUGCUCAGCUCAACACCGUGGCAGGUCUCGUCAUCUUCUUCUGGAUCUGCUGCCCGGCCAUGAUGUACACCAACACGCGCUUCUCCAAGUACCUGCCCAUGAGCACCACGCACGUCUUCGACCGCUUCGGAGAGCGAUACGACGUCACAAAGGUCACGACGCCCCUCGGCACCCUCGAUGAGGCCGCUUACAACACCUACUCGAAGCAAUACCUCUCGCCCGUCUUCUCGAUGUCGUACGGUCUCUCCUUCGCCUCGAUGACGGCGACUCUGGUCCACACCUACUUGUAUUCGGGCAAGGACAUCUGGCGACAGUUCAAGCGCUCUGUCAACGACGAGCCCGACAUUCACGCCCGCCUCAUGUCUGUCUACAAGGAGGUGCCCAUCUACUGGUACGUCGGCACCUUCUUCCUCUCCCUCGCCAUGGGUCUCGCCGCCAUCGAGGCCUGGCCGACCCAGCUUCCCGUCUGGGCCCUCUUCCUCGCCAUUGCCAUUGGCGCACUCUACACGGUCCCGAUUGCCGUCAUUUACGCCGUCUCCAACGUCGAAGUCGGUCUUAACGUCAUCACCGAGUUCAUCAUCGGUUACGCUCGCCCCGGCAAGCCUGUCGCCAUGAUGCUUUUCAAGACGUGGGGCUACAUCUCCAUGUACCAGGCCGUAUCUUUCAUGAGCGACCAGAAGUUCGGUCACUACAUGAAGGUCAGCCCUCGCUCGGUGUUCGCCGCCCAGAUGGUCGCCUCUUUCAUCUCCGUCUUCGUCCUGCUUGGCGUUCAGAACUGGGCGCUUAGCAACAUCGAGGGCAUCUGCACGCCCGACGCAAGCGACAACUUCAUCUGCCCCGGCGCUACUGUCUUCGGUACUGCCUCGAUCAUCUGGGGUCUGCUGGGCCCCGCGCGCAACUUCUCCGGCGGUCAGGUGUACAAUGCCUUCCUCUACUUCUUCUUGGUCGGCGCCAUUGUUCCCAUCCCGACCUACUUCCUCGCCAAGCGAUACCCCAAGAGUUGGAUCCGCUACGUCAACUGGCCCGUCAUCUUCUCCGGUACCGGAUACAUUCCCCCCGCCACGGGCAUCAACUACUCCAGCUGGGCCUUUGUCGGUUUCCUCAGCCACGUCGUCUGGCGUGGAAAGAACUUUGCCCAAUGGUCGCGCUACAACUACGUGUUGUCCGCUGCCCUGGACGCCGGUACGGGUAUCAGCACGAUUCUCAUCUUCUUCGUGCUCAUCUUCCCCCAGGCGCCCGCCCUGCAGAACUGGGCCGCCGGAGCGUGGUGGGGCAACACGGUGUCGUCGAACACGGCUGAUGCCAACUUCGCGACUCUGUUGACCCCGCCUGAGGCUGGAUUCGCUCCUCCCCCCGGUGGGUGGGGAGCCGUCCCUGCCGUCUAAGCGGCGCGGCCAAAAGUCACGUACGAUUGUUCCCGUCUCCCUUGUAUUCUCAUCACUGCUCUUGUCUUUGCGCCG